GGUGCAGCUGCGCAGUCACAUUUCCGUCCCCGCCCCCGAGAAACUGCAGAACGAUCUGUCAUGGCGGCCGGGAUGUUAGGUUUGUGCGGCCGCCGCCUUUUGGCGGUGGCGGCGAGGCGAGGGUUCCCGGCUGCCCGUGUCCGCUGGGAAUCCAGCUCCUCCAGGGCUGUGAUCGCCCCGUCCGCUGUGGCGGGAAAGCGGCCGCCGGAACCGACUUUACGCUGGCAGGAGGACCCAGAUCCCGAGGACGAAAACCUCUAUGAGAAGAACCCAGACUCCCACGGUUAUGACAGGGACCCUGCUGUGGACCUCUGGAACAUGCGGGUCAUCUUCUUCUUUGGCUUCUCCAUCAUCUUGGUCCUUGGCAGCACCUUUGUGGCUUAUCUGCCUGACUACAGGAUGCAGGAGUGGGCCCGUCGGGAAGCUGAGAGGCUUGUAAAAUACCGAGAGGCCAAUGGCCUCCCCAUCAUGGACUCCAACUGCUUCGACCCCAGCAAGAUCCAGCUGUCAGAGGAUGAGGACUGACCGGUUACUGAAAGGGGCUUAAGAAGCACCACCUUCUCCACCCCUUGUCUGCCAUUCUGCCCUCUCUUCAGAGCACCUAAUUAAAGGGACUGAAACUGUGA